CCAUGGCGGACCCCACCCGGCAUGCCGUGCUCGGGGUGAACGUGUCCCGGCUGGAGGAGCGGAGGCUGUGCCCGGGCGGCAGCCGCUGGAUCUGGCAGCUCUUACAGCAGUGUGUGCGGAGUGACUGGGAGUACUGGAGCGUGCUCAUAGGGCUGCUCUCCAUAGUGUGCUUCCUGCUCGCUGCCUUCCCUCAGCUGUAUGUUGCUUACAAAAAUGGAAAGGUUGAUCAAGCACUUUCUGUUGGAUUUUUGUUGUGUUGGUUUGGAGGCGACGUAACAAACUUCAUAGGCUGCUACCUGACCAGCCAACUGCCAAUUCAGACUUUUACAGCCAUUAUUUAUUGCAACAUGGACAUAAUCAUGAUUUCACAGUAUGCCUACUAUAAAUUAAAGAACAAUAAAAUGAAAGAUGUUGUUGGGACUGGAAGCUUGAAAGGAUUUUGCAUAUGCUGGGUCAUUUUAUGUAUAGUCUUAUCUGUUCUAUUACCGAGUCAGCUGAUACUCGGAAACCUAGACCGGAAUGCGGAUGUGGAUAUGAAUCAGGAUAAUUUCGGCUUCACUGAAAUGUCUGGUUUCAUUUGUGGAUAUGUCUCUGCCCUGUUUUAUUUGAGCUCUCGUUUCCCUCAGUUGUAUAAGAAUUUUCAAAGAAAAUCAACAGAGGGAACAUCCUAUUUGCUGUUUGCACUGGCCAUGCUUGGAAACUUAACCUAUGGCUUGAGUUUGAUCCUGAAGUUACCUGCCUGUGGCCACCAUAAAAAUCAGUAUAUUGUACACCAUUUACCCUGGUUGAUCGGGAGUUUUGGUGUUCUUAUACUUGACUUUUUCAUGACUGCACAGUUCAUUGCCUAUCGGAAACGCAAGGUAGCUUCAUCCGAUUUAUUGGCGUUGGAGGUGGAGCCUUUACUAGUGGAUGAAGAGGAGACCUAAGUCCCAACAUAUUUCAUAGUUUACAUUCUUUUCUUAGUUAUUUGAACGGAGAAUAUUUUUUUUUUUUUGUAAAGGAACCAUCAUUUCUAGGAUAUUUUAAAAAUAAUUUGUUGGUGUACUGCCACAAAACCUCAUCUGCCUAGCUAACAUUCUGGUUUACACUAUAACAUGCAAGAAAACAAGAAAAGCAUAAACAGGGGUUAUUCACUCAAGUGAGAAUUGAAAGUGAAUUUCAAAUAUAAGGCCAGAGCAGCUGAAUGGAACACAUAGAAAACAUUUCCAAUUCGGCUACUUUGACCUUAAAUUUGAAAUUCACCUUGAAUUCUCACGCUGGUGAAUAACACUGAUCAUUUUCAGCAGUUAAUAAUUGUGGUGCUAUAAAUUGAAAGUAUGUGCAAUAAUAUGUAUGAAUCACUGCAGGAUAAAAAGCAAUACUUUAAUUAUUAGGGUUAUGUUCAUUUUGGCAGUGGUGUUGAUUUGUGAGGUAGCCACCCUUUUGGAAAUCUUGAUUUAGUACUAGAAAUUACUUGGGAUUUGUUCACGAGUCAUGGUAUUAUAGUGAAGUGAGGAAAAAAAUAAAAAAAUAAAUUGCCAAAAUAUUUAAGCUGGGACUAGAGCAUAUUCAGAGAUUAUAAUUUUUGUUAUGUUUAAAAUGGGACACGUUCAGGAGUGUUUCACGUUUUUCCUUUUAAAGGGGAGCUGUCACUUUCAAGGAUUUGUAAAAUUAUGAUUACCUAUUUUCUGUUCCUAAGAAAUAUUUCUUAGAUGUGAAAAAUAAAAUAAAAUGUAGACAUCCGUGCCUGCAACUCAGCCCCUCAAUCUUGAAUCUCUGCCAAUCUCUUUUAAAAUACCCUGUCAUUAGUAUCUGGCAGUCAGUGUGGGGGUCUGAAGCUGUGAGGUUACGAUAGGUAUUGCAUGAAAGUGCCACAUUCAUAUGUAUAAAACUGCUAGUCCACUCCUUUUAUUCUUAAAUUACCUUUUUCUGCACUUUUCUGUAAUAAUUCCAUCUUUCCGUGACUUCAAACUUCCUUUUUUUUUUUUUUUGGUUCCAUUUGUUUCCCCUGAUAAUAUUAUUAUUUAUUGCAUUCACAAGAUAAGAAAUGAAUAAUAUUACAGGGGGGAAAAACGAUUUGCAAUUUGAAGGAUUUUUGUGGCAGGAAAAUUUGUCGGAAUGACAGGGCAAUUUUGCACCUAUUUUUCUAUGCUUUGGAAGCAAUACAUUUGUGAAACAGGAAAACACAAGUAAUGGAAUAUUUUGGCACAAAUACGGGAAAUAUGCACAAAUCAAAAAAGUGCCAGAAAACCAGCUUAAAAAGUGAAGUUGACACUUUUUUUAUACUUGUAUACUAUUUACAGUACUAAGACUUUAUACCUCUAUACAAUUGCUUCUGUUUUCCCUCAUUUGUAAUCUGUGCCCUGGCUUAGCCUUGAAAUGAAAUGGAUGAGGAUGUCCCUUGCUAUAUUUUAUUAUUUUAAACGAAAAAGGAGCUUCACAUGGGGAAAAAAAUUAAAACA